AUCGUUAUUUAGCCAUUUUUGUUUUCGUUUUUCAACGAAACGUUUCGACCGAAUCUCAUCGCAUUUGUUUGUUGAGAACGAUUCCAAAUCGAAUUGAAAUCAUUUUUGUUGUUAAUGUUGUUUUUAGUAAAAUGGCAACCACAAUUAUGAAUCUUGAUGAUAGUGAUCAUCAUAAUGAUGAUCAUAUUAAUGAUUUAGAUUUUAAAUUAACAAUUCGUCCGAUGAAAUUUGAUGAAAUUGAAUCCGCUGUAAUGAUAUUUUCUCGUGCAAAUCUUAAUGAUUCAUUGAAUGUUGUACAAAGUUAUUAUCAAUCAGAUCCAUCCGGUUUUUUUGUUGCAAUCGAUGAAAAUGAAGACAAAGUAAUCGGUUCAUGUGCAUCGCCAAUGACUACACAUGGAACACGUAUUCUUGGACUGUAUUGUGUGGAAAAAGAAUAUCGAAAUUUUGGAAUUGGAAAAAAAUUAUUUUCAAAAUGUUUAACAACUUUCAACAAUGAUAAUUUCGGUCUUUGCGCUGUACCAAGUAAAUUUAAAAUCUAUAAAGAUCGUGCUGGUUUUCGUCAAAUUGAAGGUCGAUCGAUUGUUAUAAUCGAAGGUAAAUCACCAAACAUACAAUCAUUACGUACGGCUGAAAAACUUGAUCAAAAAUAUCAUUUGAUUAAAUUGAUGGCCGAUAAUAUUGAUUAUCAUGAAUCAUUGAUCGAAAAAAUAAUCGAAUUCGAUAAAACUGUUCAAUUAGACAAUCGUUCAACAUUAUUACGUUAUAUGUUUGCCAAAACGACGACAAUCACAUUAGCCGUAUUGGAUACAUCGAAUAAUGAUAGUAAAGUUGUUGGUUAUGGUUGUAUACAAUUAGAUCCAAUUGGUCGAUCAAUGCCUGGACCAUUAUACGCUAUCGAUCCAUUAAUUGGUGAAGUAUUAUUAGCCGAAUUAAUACGUUCGGAUGGUCGUUUUUCAUCCAACGAUCAGCUUGCCUAUUUUACUACAGAUAAUUCACCCGAAACAAUUCGUUGGUCAAAAGAAUUACUUGGUCUACAAGAAUCAUGUCGUUGUGAAAAAUUAUUUACAAAAUUUAUUCCACCAUUCAAUUAUGAUUAUCUUUAUUGUUGCCAUUCACCUGAUUUUGGCUGUUAAAUGUCAACCAAAAAUAUCCUUACUAUCAUUUCAAUUAUUAGAAGCUAUUCACAUUCAUUAACAAUCAUUUUUCUUUUUUUUUGGCAAAUAAUAAUUUGACAU